CGGCCACACUGUUCCAAGUGCCGGUUUCGGUUCACGUUGCCACUUUUGUUCGUUUGCCACUGAGUUUUCUAUCAAAAUAACCGAAAAAUCGGGACUUGAAGCAACGGAAAAUGUCAGGAAAGUACGAAAAGCUGCAGCAGCAGUUUCUCUGUUGCUAUCCGGUUAAGAAGAUGGCCUGGUCGUCCGUCAAGUUGCCUUUAAACUGGGAGGAUCAAAAGGAACUGAUAGCGGCCACCAGUGGCCAUCCGAUGAACCAACGAUAUCCUGUGCGUCGCAGCUAUCUGGAGGCCUUUGUCAAGCAGUUGAUGCACCUGCUCCGUGAACAGGAGGAAAUACACGAUGAUAUAUAUAGCAGUUUGUGUGGACCACUGGCGGAAAAAACCGAUAACGGAUCAGUAUCCUAUGCCUACAAGCACUAUCUACUUGAACCUGGCGCCCACAUAACGCUGCGUGAAUCCAAUAGCUUUGUGAGCGAAGGCACCACGGGAUUGUGCACCUGGGAGGCGGCUUUGGCCCUCGGCGAUUAUCUUCUGCAGCACCGUGACGUGGUUAGUGGAAAGAACAUAGUUGAGCUAGGAGCUGGUGCUGGACUUCUGGGAAUCCUACUUAAACUACCCGCUCUAAAGCUUAAGGUGGGUCAGGUUCUUUUGACCGAUGGCAGUGAGCCGUGUGUCCAGCUGAUGCGUGAGAAUAUCGACCUGAAUUUCCCGAAUACACCAUCAGAGGAGCGACCACAAGCGGAGCAGCUUAGCUGGGAUGCAGUUAGCGAUUUUCCCUGGCAAUCCCGUGCUGAAACGGAUCUUCUAUUGGCCGCAGAUGUAAUUUACGAUGAUUCCCAAUUUGAUGCCCUGUUGGGUGCCUUGGAUUACUUUUACAAAAGACGAGGAAAUGAAUUAGAAACCCUUCUGGCCAGUACAGUACGGAAUGUGGACACCCUGCACAAGUUUAUGACCCAAUUAGACAUUCAUGGCUACAAGGUGACUCCGUGUGCGAAUGUCUCCGCUUGUGCAAGCCACUUUUGUCGCGACCAUACCGCUGCCGUUCAGAUUAUCUCCAUAAGACGCUAGUUUUAGUCCUAAAAUAAACCAACACAACGAAAACAAACAUUCACUAUCUGGAUCUCACUUAAGAUCUUAAUUGGUCCGCUGUUUAGAUAGUAAUUAACAGGAUUCUAAGGGAGAUACGCAAUAUUUUUACGGAAUAUUUUACUCUUUAAAUUAUUAUAUUUAAAAUUUAGAUUCUGUAGUCAAUGGACAAGAUAAAACCAUAUUAUCCUUAACUUUUAUAGCACUUAUGAGGUUUUAGCUCUUAUAAAGCGAUUUUAGACUGA